AAGUUUUUGGCCCUUGUUUAUGGACUAAAUGGAGCUAGCUCGAAAUACUUUUGUAUUUGGUGUUAUUGCUGCAAGGACCAAAUUAACAACCUUGAUAGUAAGUAGGGAGAAUUUCUUCUUGAAAUUUUGUAUUUUAAAUUCAUCUUCAUCAUCACAGAGCCAACAACAAGCAAGUCAAUAAUAGAAAUAUAUUAUAUUAUGUUAUCUUUUUCCAGUUGAUGACUGGCCAAUUGAGAGAAAGCUAUCAGAGUGCACUUGGUUGUGCCAGCGCUCCACCACGGCUGCAAGGAAAGGCUGCACAAUGCCUCCACUUCUUAACAUCCCUUUUGAGUUUGUUGUGGUGGAUACAUUACAUUUAUUUUUAAGUUGCUGUUUGAACGCUUGUGUAUAA